GUGUCACAUUUCAACAGGCAAUGGACUCGGCUUCUUCGCAGUAUGUCUCCGCUCUCUCUGAAAACCGCGGAGGCUUCAGCUUCGACAACGUAAAGCGCAACAAGCAAAUGGUCGCAAACGGUGUGGUGCGUCCCUUUACCACUAUGAAGACCGGUACCACUAUCUGUGGAGUUGUAUGUGCCUCUUGUGUCGUCCUCGGGGCUGAUACCAGAGCCACCACUGGCCCUAUCGUGGCCGAUAAGAACUGCAACAAGCUGCAUUACAUGGCCGAGAACAUCUACUGCGCUGGUGCUGGUACUGCUGCUGACCUGGAACAUACUACGAAGAAAAUCAGAAGUCAGAUGGAGCUCCAUAGGCUGGCCACUGAGGCCCAGCCUCGAGUUGGGACUUGUGUGAAGCGGUUGUCUGACUACCUCUUCCAAUACCAAGGGUAUGUCGGCUGUGCAUUGGUUCUCGGCGGUGUUGAUGUGAAGGGUCCUCAACUCUACCAGAUUUAUCCUCAUGGGUCCACAGACUCCCUUCCCUUCGCUGCCAUGGGCAGUGGUAGCUUGGCGGCUAUGUCUGUUCUCGAGACGGGAUACAAGGACAAUAUGACGGUCGAGGAGGGUGUUGAACUCGUGAAGAAGGCGAUCACGGCCGGAGUCAUGAAUGAUCUUGGCUCUGGUGGUAACGUCGAUUGUGUCAUCAUCACCAAGGAUAACAGCCCGAAGCACAUCAGACCGGCAGCUCGGCCGACCCCAAGGACGUUCCGUAAUCCUGCCGGCUAUAAGUUCCCCAUUGGAACGACCCCGGUAGUGACUAGCGUGACUAAGUCUGUUCUGAAGGACGGUGAUUUCGUACCGAUUGAUGCUGGUGAAGACCAGGAGAUGGUACAAGCUUGAAUGAAUAAGGAUUUAUGACG